AUGGCCCUACCCGUCCCGCCGAGGAGCGCCGCCGCAGAGCCGCCUAGGGGCCUCAGCGCUACCGAAGCUUUAACGCCGCUCAUCGAAUCCACAUACACUUCGCCAGACAUCACUUGCUAUAUCAACGGGAGAAGAAGGAUCAUCAGCAACCCAAACCCUCACUGGACAUUGUUGGACUACAUCCGCGCGCAGCCGGAUCUCAAGGGUACUAAGCUUGGGUGUGGUGAAGGAGGAUGCGGAGCCUGUACAGUAGUGCUCCAGGUUGCAGACCGUCGAAAUAAGAAAAGGAGAAUACAGCAUCUUGCUGUGAACGCCUGUCUCUACCCACUCGUUGGCAUCGAUGGUAAGCAUGUCAUUACUGUGGAAGGCAUCGGCAAUGUCGAUCGACCACACCCCCUGCAAGAGCGGAUCGCAAAGCUCCAUGGCAGCCAGUGCGGAUUCUGCACACCCGGCAUUGUCAUGAGCUUGUAUGCCGUGGUCAGGAACUCGUACGACCCUGAGACGAAGAAGUUUCAUCUUAGUGCGCAUGAGAUCGAGAUGGAAGGUCACUUGGACGGUAAUCUCUGCAGAUGUACUGGGUAUAAGCCCAUCUUGAAUGCAGCGAAGACAUUUGUCACGGAAGACCUGAAAGGCCAGCUUGCGGAAGACGACGAACCAACAACAGCAGACGCUGAGAACUUCGCGAAGGAGGUCAUCGACUUCACCAAGACGAGCGGUGCUGGACAAACACAAGCCUCAUGUGGGCGACCUGGUGGCUGUUGCCGCGACCGACCCUCAGUGUCAGACAGCAGUUCCUGUGACAGCAAGUCUGCCUCAUCUUCGCCACCAACAGAGCCAUCAUCAACAUCGGACGACGAACACAUUCCUGCCAUCCUCGACGCCAAGAAGAAACCUAGUGAGGACCCGAUCAUCAGUGGAGCAGACUACGCAAAACCAAUGAAGAGUAAGGAGCAUAGCGCAGACUCCGAGACCAAGGCUUCCACGACGCUUGCUGCCCCUGCAGCACCCUCCGAACGGGGCGUACCCAGGAUCGAAUUCAAGGAGUAUGCACCAGACACGGAGCUCAUUUUCCCACCUGCGCUGUGGAAUCACGAACCUCUGCCAUUGUGUUACGGAAAUGACAAGAAGAUCUGGUUCAGGCCAACGAAACUGGAGCAUUUGAUAGAGCUGAAAGACGCGUAUCCCUCUGCGAAGCUUGUCGGUGGUGCGAGUGAGGUGCAAGUCGAAGUCCGUUUCAAGAACUCUGACUUCGCUGUCUCUGUUUAUGUCUCGGACAUCGCGGACCUGAGACACACCAAGCUACCAUCAGAUCCGGAAUUGGAGAACGCAAGGGAGCUCGUUGUGGCUGCCAACACACCGUUGACUGAACUCGAGACCAUCUGCAAAAAUGUCUAUGCUAAGCUGGGCAAGCGAGCCAUGGUACUUGAGGCACUGCGGAAACAGCUUCGAUACUUCGCAGGUCGUCAGAUCCGCAAUGUGGCGUCCCUUGCUGGGAAUAUCGCAACUGCCUCGCCAAUUUCUGAUGCCAAUCCUGUACUGAUCGCUGCUGGAUCCACUCUAGAAGUUGUCAGCAAGAAGGAUGGCGGCGUCGAUCUUCCAAUGUCCAAAUUCUUCCUUGCAUACCGGACUACAACCUUACCACCCGAUGCAGCUAUUGCGAGCAUACGCAUUCCGAUCCCCUCAAAAGACACCCGUGAGGUACUCAAGGCCUACAAGCAAGCCAAGCGAAAAGACGACGAUAUCGCUAUCGUGACAGCUGCAUUCCGCGUUCGCCUUGAUUCACGAAACUACGUCGAAGAUGCUUCCAUCGUGUACGGCGGCAUGGCUCCGACCACAAAAGAAUCACCAGAGACACAGGCUGCCAUAGUUGGUAAGCCAUGGUUCCACUCUGAAACACUGGAUGCAGCUCUCAGCGGACUUUUAGAAGACUACAACCUCCCGUAUGGUGUACCUGGCGGUAUGGCGGAUUACCGCAAGACACUCACGCUCUCCCUCUUUUUCCGCUUCUGGCACGAGUCGGCAGCUGAAUUUGGUCUCGGCAAGGUGGACGAGCACGUCGUGGACGAGAUCCAUCGAUCCCUCUCCAGCGGUGCCAGGGACGACUACAAUCCUUACGAGCAGCGUGUCGUGGGCAAGCAGGUCGCUCAUCUUUCAGCACUGAAGCAAUGUACCGGUGAAGCUGAGUACAUCGAUGACAUGCCUCGUCUGGACCGGGAACUAUUCGGUGGGCUGGUGCUAUCAUCCAAAGCUCACGCCAAUAUCAUCAGUGUCGACUGGGAGCCGGCACUAGCCAUGCCAGGAGUGGUAGGCUAUAUCGACAAAACCAGCAUUCCCUCCGACGUCAACGUGUGGGGCUCCAUCAAGAAAGACGAGCUGUUUUUUGCCGACGGCAAAGUCCUCAGUCACGGGCAGGUCAUUGGUAUGGUAUACGCAGACUCAGCGCUGGAAGCUCAGGCUGCCGCACGCGCAGUCAAGGUCGGGUAUGAAGUGCUUAAGCCGAUCCUGACCAUCGACGAGGCCAUUGCCUCAAACAGCUUCUUCCAGCAUGGCAAGUAUCUACGAAAAGGUCUGGCCAUCGAAGGUAGAAUGGACGAAGCCUUCGCUCAAUGCGACAGGAUCUUCGAAGGUACUACCAGAAUGGGUGGGCAGGAGCACUUCUACCUCGAAACUAACGCAGCGCUCUCCAUUCCGUCCGGCGAAGACGGCGCAGUCGAAGUCUGGUCCUCAACUCAGAACACCAUGGAGACACAAGAAUUUGUUAGCUCCGUACUAGGCGUUCCUAGUAAUCGCAUAAACUGCCGCGUGAAGCGCAUGGGCGGUGGUUUCGGCGGCAAAGAAUCCCGCAGCGUGCCCUUCGCCGUGUACACUGCGAUCGCAGCGCGCAAGGAAAAGCGUCCAGUCCGCAUCAUGCUUAAUCGUGACGAAGACAUGCUGCUCAGCGGUCAACGGCACCCAUUCCAAGCGCGCUGGAAAGUCGGCGUGUCGAGCGCCGGUAAGCUUCUCGCGCUUGAAGCAGACGUGUACAACAACGGCGGCUUCUCGCAGGACAUGAGCGGCGCGGUCAUGGACAGGUGUCUUACGCACUUCGAUAACUCGUACGAAUGUCCCAACGUGUUCCUCCGCGCACAUGUCUGCAGAACGAACAUCCACAGCAACACCGCGUAUCGCGGCUUCGGCGCGCCGCAGGGCAUGUACUUCGCCGAAACCGUCAUGUAUAACGUCGCCGAAGGCUUGGGCAUGGAUAUCGACUUGCUGCGACAGAAGAAUCUGUACUCUAUCGGACAGCACACGCCCUUUUUUCAGAAGAUCGACGAGGACUGGCACGUCCCAAUGCUGUUGCAUCAGCUGUCGAAAUCUUCUAAUUACGAAACCAGGAAGUCAUCGAUAUCUGCUUUCAACUUCACCAGCCGCUGGAAGAAGCGCGGCAUCGCUCUGAUUCCGUGUAAAUUCGGCCUUUCCUUUGCCACGGCACUGCAUCUCAAUCAGGCCAGCGCAUACAUCAAGAUUUACGCCGACGGCUCUGUUUUGCUACACCACGGGGGCACAGAGAUGGGCCAGGGACUUUACACGAAGAUGUGCCAGAUCGCCGCGCAGGAACUAGAUGUGCCAUUGGACGCCAUUUACACACAAGACUCGUCGACGUACCAAAUCGCCAACGCGUCGCCUACCGCAGCCUCAUCUGGAUCAGACCUGAACGGCAUGGCGGUCAAGAACGCUUGCGACCAGCUGAACGCCCGCCUUGCGCCUUAUCGAGAGAAACUGGGUCCUAAUGCGCAGCUCAAGGAGAUCGCGCACGCAGCGUACAUAGAUCGCGUGAACCUGGCGGCAAACGGGUUCUGGAAGAUGCCGAAAGUCGGAUACAGCUGGGGCGACACGAACUGGCAGACCGUCAAGCCGAUGUACUACUACUGGACGCAGGGCGCGGCGGUGAGCGAGGUGGAGCUCGACCUGCUCACUGGCGAUCACACGGUCCUGAGGAGUGACAUCAUGAUGGAUGUGGGCAACUCCAUCAAUCCAGCCAUAGACUACGGGCAAAUCGAAGGCGCCUUCGUCCAAGGCCAGGGCCUGUUCACACUCGAAGAAUCGCUCUGGCACACCGCGUCGGGCCAGCUCUUCACCCGCGGCCCGGGCACCUACAAGAUCCCCGGCUUCAGCGACAUUCCACAAGUCUUCAACGCCUCUAUGCUGCGCCACGACAACGAUGGCAACCCGCUGUCCUGGAACCAUCUCCGGAGUGUGCAGAGCAGUAAGGGAAUCGGUGAGCCGCCGUUGUUCCUGGGGAGUACGGUGUUCUUUGCGUUGAGGGAGGCGGUCAAGGCUGCAAGGGAGAUGAACGGGGCGACGGUUGCGCCGGGGCAGUGGGCUUUUGAUUCUCCGGCGACUUGUGAGAGGCUGCGGCUGGCGGUUGGCGAUGAUCUGGUGGAGAAGGCGAGGGCGGUGAAGAAGGAGGGCGAGACACCGUUUCUUACAGCUGUUGCUUGA